UAAACAAGCGUAUCAGUGAAACAAGCUUAAAAAAAUGGAUAACUUAUCUGCAACAAUAGUUUGUGUUUUAUUUAUCGUAAUAUUUCAAACAAGUGUAGCGCUACCACUUAGUGAAAGGCAAAAAUUAAUAUUUGAAAUAUUUGAUUUUCCACAAAAUGAAACAACUACUACGUGUCUUCCAUUCUAUUUAUGUGAUUCACCGAUUUAUGGACCUAUAUCCACAAUUAAUGUUCGCCCCUCAAAUACAAUAUGCCCUCAUUAUCUGGAGGUACCGUGUAAUAUAACUUAUAAGAAACUUAAAGAAGAAGUUUUACAACCACCACCAGAACCAAUAACACAAGCAACCAGUAGCUCGCACUCAAAAUCACUGUUGAAAUGUGGAAAACGUAACGUAGAUGGAAUUAAUUUUAAAAUUAAGGAAAAUGGUUAUGAAAGUCAGUUUGGUGAAUUUCCAUGGAUGAUUACUGUUAUAAAAAGUGUCUGGUUAAUAGAUGCAGUUCCGCCUAAUAGAGUGACUCAGUGUGAUGGCACAUUAAUACAUCCUCAAGUAGUAUUAACAACGGCAGAAUGUGUUUAUGGCUCCAGAUUCAAUCCAAGUGAACUCAAAAUUCGAGCUGGUGAUUGGGAUACUCAAACAGAAACAGAACCUUCACCUUAUCAAGAGAGAAAUGUAACAAAAAUAAUUAUUCAUGAAAAUUAUGUAGAAAAAACAAAAAAGAAUGCGACAACUUUAUUAUCAAAUAACAUUGCUCUGUUAGUGCUAAAUUCAUCAGUAAAUUUAAAUAAUUAUAUUUCAACAAUAUGUUUACCAACUAAAGAAGACAUUCAUUUCAAUAAUCAGAAUUGUAUUGCAGUUGGUUGGGGUCCAGGCGCAGUUAAUGAAGGUGAUGAUGGAAAAAGCCAACGCAUUUUAAAAAAAUUUUCAAACAGAGCUUUAAGUCAUUCGGAUUGUGAAGAAAUGAUCUUACGAAAGUACCCAAAGGUGAAACAUGGCUUAUCGGCCGUAUGCUCAGAAAGUACCACUGUGAUCAACGAUACGUGCUGGGGAAACGAGGGAAAUAUAUUGGUUUGUCCGCAAACUAAUGGACAAUACGUACAAAUUGGAUUAAAAUCAUCAAAUGAAAAUUGUAUGGAAAAAAUUCAAAUAUUUGGAAGUUUAAAUCCUUAUGUAGACUGGAUUCAAACAAAAUUCAAUAAUUUAACUUUAGAAGUCAAUAAUUUUUAUUCAGAUGCCAAAGGUUCUAGUUUUAGUAUUCAUGUUAACUUUUUUAAUCGUAAAGUUUAA